GUUCACCGCCUGGCUUCUGCGAUGACGAACACGGAGGGCGUGAAGGUUCUGCCGGCGGAUGCGGCGGACACACACACUCAGCGCUGUCGAAUGGGCCCGGCUCUGAUGAGCAGGUUAGGCCUGAGGCUGGGUUCUCCGGUUCUGAUCCGGGUUCUGCAGGGGGCGUGUGUGUGCACCGCAUGGCCUCGACGGGACCUCGCGGACGGGUUCCUGCAGAUCAGCACCCAGUGCUCCACACCGGACCUCGACGGGCUCAUCAACCCGCACAUCAAACCACUAAAGUGCCCGAAACUCACCAGUGUGAGCGUGAAAGUGUUCGUGCGGAAUCUGAAACACGAGAGCGAACCCGUUCACGAGCUGCUGGAGGGGCUUUACGUGCACGAGGGUCACUUGGUGAAUUUGGGUGUGGACACCGAGAUCAGGUUUGUUCUGGUUGAGACGGUGAACUCAGGCUCGCAGAAAGCGGGUUUGGUUACGGCUAGAACUCGCGUUGAUGUCGUCGCGAUACAAUCCGUUAAACACAUGGAGAGGCGGAAGGUGUCCGGAUCGACUCUAGGUGGCGUUGAGGACGUUUACGCCUCGCUGAAAGAAAUGAUCACGUUUCCGUUGCGUUACCCGGCGGUUCUGCGGACUCUGGGUCUGUCGUGUCCACGAGGGCUUCUGCUAAUCGGGCCUCCCGGCGUCGGGAAGACGCUUCUAGUGCGCCACGUCGCGCAGGACAUCGGAGCCGCGCUAGUGACCGUGAACGGGCCUGACGUCACGGGCUCUCGACCCGGAGAGAGCGAGGAGAACCUGCGGCGGGUGUUCGAUCAGGCCCGGGCCGAGGCGGAGGAGGGUCCGUGUGUUCUGCUCAUCGAUGAGAUCGACUCGCUGUGCCCGAGGAGAACGGAGAGCAGUGGAGCGCCGGAGAACCGGCUCGUCGCGCAGCUGCUAACGCUAAUGGACGCCAUCGGCAGUCGUGAGGGAUUCGUGAUCAUCGGAGCCACUAACCAACCGGACGCUCUCGACCCAGCGCUCAGGAGACCCGGGAGGUUCGACAGGGAGGUGAUCAUCGGCGCGCCCUCGCUGCUGCAGAGGCGCAGUAUUCUGACGUGUGUGUGUCGAGAGAUGCCGCUCUCCCCGGAUGUGGAUCUGAACGCUGUGGCUGAGAUGACCUGUGGCUUCGUCGGGGCGGAUCUGAGCGCGCUCAGUAGAGAGGCAGCGCUGCAGGCCAUGAGGCACUCACAGGCGGGAGCGAGUGAGCCGGUGUCGAUGCAGCACUUCAUGCGAGCGCUGCGGCACGUGCAGCCGUCGUGUUUGAGGAGCAGUAUCGGAGCGACUGACUUCAAACCCAUCAGCUGGGAGGAGAUCGGAGGGCUAGAGGACGUGAAGCUCAAACUCAAACAGAGUAUCGAGUGGCCCAUGCGGUUUCCAGAAGCACUGGUGCGGAUGGGUGUUUCUCGGCCCAGAGGAGUGUUGCUGUACGGGCCGCCCGGGUGUGCCAAGACCUCGCUGGUGAAAGCAGCCGCCUCUUCGUCACACUGCACCUUCUUCUCCAUCAGCGGAGCCCAGCUGUUCUCUCCUUACGUGGGAGACUCAGAGAAAACACUCGCACAGUUGUUCGCUCAGGCGCGAGCGUGUGCGCCGUCCAUCGUGUUCCUGGAUGAGAUCGACAGUAUGGUGGGCUCUCGAGCGGACAGCGCCUCGUCUCACAGUGUCCAGUCGCAGGUUCUGUCGGUUCUGCUGACCGAGCUGGACGGCGUGGGGAUCCGGGCCGUGGAGCGGCGGAGCGAGGGAAGAAAGAUGGCUCAGAUGGAGGGAGGAGAGCAGGAGGAAGCCAGAACACAUCAGAUGGAACUCCAGGAAGUGUGUAAUAAGGAUGUUUUGAUAGUGGCUGCCACUAAUAGAGCCGAGGUUCUGGACAGCGCUUUGCUCAGACCCGGCCGACUCGACCAGAUCAUAUACGUGCCUCCUCCAGACCGAGCGGCUCGUCUGGCCGUGCUGCACGUCUGCACUAAACGUGUCCCUCUUCAUCCGGACGUGUGUUUGCAGGAUCUGGCUGAUCAGACUGAGCUCUUCUCUGGAGCCGAUCUAGAAAACCUGUGCAAAGAGGCGGCUCUUCUGGCCCUGCGUGAGGAGGGACUCGACGUGCCCUGCGUGAGGCACAAGUGCUUUAUGGAGGCGCUUCAGAUUUUGAGUCCAUCGCUGAGUCCUGAACAACUUCAGCAGAACUUACACUCAUGUCUCUAACAAUAAAAAUGUUUGUAAUUU